ACUGGUAGCGCGCUCGUUUCAGUUACUGCGUAACGUCAGGUGCCUUCAGACAUUCGAUCACGUUUCGCCACAAGUUCGAGUGUUGAAGCUCAGUUGUUACAGUCAUUGGAAUGGACAUUCCAUCUUAUUUCAAGGUGAAACGAAAGCAUACAUACCUAUUUCAGUCAUACUAUAUAUAGUAUAGCAUGGUAUGACUGGCAAAACUUUUCUGUAAGCAAGUCCAGAAAAUACCUCUCAUCUGAAACAGAUUGUUACUCGUUAUGAUGCAACUCGAAGAAACACAUAAACUACAAAAUCCUAUUGAUUUCGACAGUGAAAAUAUUCUCAACGAAAUUAAAACUUCUGUUCAUAAUCUAUAUGAAUUCAAAAAUAAAUAUUUAAAUGAAUGGGCUGAUAAAUAUGGUGUAUUCAAUGAUUCAAUGACUGAAUUAUGGAUGCGAAACGAUACGAUUCAUUCAAUGAUCAAUGAAUCAUGUGAAUUAGUUCGAAAAAAAAAUGAAAUAAUCCAGUCGAAAUUUGAGGAUACAAUAUCUGUAUUAAAGAAAUAUGAGGCAAUGUUUACGCAUGUGUCUGCAUUAGAGAAAGCAGAAUUCUGUUAUCAGUAUGGCAGAGUGUUCAAUGCAAUCGAUUCAAACUUGUAUGCAGGAAAUCUAAAUGAUAUGGAGGAGAAUGAUUUAACUUGUCAAGCAAUUCAUUGGUUGACUAAAGCGUUGAAAUUCAAUCCACAACAUCUAGAUGCUUGGUGUGAAUUGGGUGAUUCAUGUUGGAGGCAAGGUGAUCCUGUACAGGCUGCUGAACACUUUCGACAAGCUUUAAAAAUUGAUCCAAAACAUGUGAAUGCACUUUGUCAUUUGUCAAUGGUAAUACGUCAACUACCUAUUCUUAAUAAUAAUGACGAUGAUAAUGUAUUGAAUGAAUUGAAUAGUUCACAGUCAUAUACUAAAUCAUCCAUUUUUAGUCAAUCUGUUGACUUAGCACAUACAGCAGUUGGUCAACAACCGACAAAUGGUCAUGCAUGGUCUAUCCUAGGUAAUGCAUUACUUACUAUGUUUUUCAAGAGGUAUGGUUCAAUUGCACCAUAUCCUUUAAUAUCUCAAUCAUAUUCAUUCAAUGUAAAAAAUGCCAACAAUGAUGAUAAUAAUAAAACUGUAACUGAAUCAACAGUUAUAAAAUCUCCAGUAACUUCAUCACAAAUAAUUAUGACUCGAUGCCUUGCUGCCUAUUCACAGGCUGUUAAAGAUCGUUCAACAGCAUUAGAACCUAGUUUUCAUUAUAAUCGAGGUUCAGCUUGGCAUUAUCAGGGUAUAUUUGGGCAAACACUCAGAUGUUGGCUUCAAGCUGUUUGUCUUGAUCCAGAUUGGUCUGCACCACAAAAUGGUAUUAAACGUAUCAUCAAAUUUAUAUUGGAAUGGAAUACACUAAUAAAACAAUUUACUGAUAAUCAUUCAAAUGACUAUGUUAAAUUAGUAGAUAAUAGCAAUACAGAAGGAAAACCAGAUAAAGAGUUAACUUCAUCUGUGCUGAAAAACUCUACAAAUCAAGAAUUACUGAAUAGAAACCAACAACAACAAAUUAAUGAGUUUAUCCUUCCACUUAGUCCAUUGAAGACACUUUUAAGUAUAGAACAUACGAAUUUGUCAACAAGUCAAGUUGACCAACUAGAUAAAGACAUUAAGUUGACAUUAGAUAUGAAAGAUAUAAUGGCAUUGAAUUGUUUGAUGGGACCUUAUUGUCCAUCUGUUAGCAAUGCUAAUAAUACCAAUGAUAAGAAUGAUAUACUGUUGUCAACUGAGAAACGUAAAGGUGGUAGUAAAAAAAAGAAACGUGUAAAAUCUUCUAAAUAUCCUCCUCCUCCUACUACUACUACUACGGCUACAACUACUACUGGUGCUAGUAACAAUAAUGAUCCUGCGGGUGAUUCCAUGAACAGUAGUCUUAUAAAUUCAAUCAUCAACUCCCGUCAAUUACGCUUUACCCUGUUCAAUAAUUUACAAGUAGGUUUAAAUAAACAUACUGUAUGCGUAGGACGAGUAUUUGCUGAAUUGCCAUUCGAUUCUGAUUUAGCUAUGAAUUUACUACUUGUUGAUGCCCAUGGUACACCUUUCGGUGUACGACUAUACAAUGUUGGAAAGGGUACAGGACCGACUCGAAAUGAUAUUGUCGCUAUACCUCAUCCAUUCGUUGAAGAGAUAUUCAUUGAAGGCUUUGUAUUGCAUUCAUGUAUUACUGCUUUAUCAGUUUUAGACAGUAAAUAUAUAUCGACUGAUAUGAUUAGUAAAUUAGCAAAUCUUUAUAUUGCCACUACUACUCUUCCAAUUUCUACAACUAUUACUAACACUAACAUAAGUAGUAGUAGUAGUAGUAAUGGUGGAACAGGGUCAACUUUAAACUCAAAAUUGUCUAAAGAAUCACUAAUCUUCUUAGGGAUAUCAUGGAUAUACGUAUUCGCAUGAUACGUGUCCCAUUACCUGAUUUUCUUGUAGUAAAUGGUCAGCCAGUUGGAUCUAGUUGGACAGCUGCACCAAUAUUAAAAAAUAUAUUCUUUACUAAAAAUUAAUAAUUUGAAGAAAAAAAAAAUAUCUAUCACGCUUGAAAAUUUGUUUACUUCUACAUGAAAAUGUAUGGAUAUGCAUACAUCUAUAGUACAUCUAAUUUUCUUUAAUCUCUAGGUGAAUAUUAUCAACUUUUCAUGUUUCAAAGUAAAGUAAUAUACCUUCAUCCCAGGAAAAUCUAUUUAAUCAUUGAAUAACAGUGUCUAGAUAAACAAAUGUUUGUUAAUUCUUUGUAAGCUUAUUCAUUUUUUUGUUCUAAAUCUAUCUACUACUCUUUUAUAAAUAAGUAGCAUUAUAGUAGAGUAAUCCAUAUGAUUUUCUUUAGAAUGAGGAAUAUUGCACAUAUAUAGGUGUAUUUAUAACGGGAUUGAAGAGAAGUGUAUACUUCUUUUUUAAUGGUUUAUAUUAUAUUUUAUGAUACACUGUAGUUUUUUGUAUAAAUAUACUAAAUAAUCUCAUCGGUUUGA